CAAUACCUUUGAUGCCCAUAGCGAACAAAUCCCAUACUAAAGUAUUAAAAAACUGGAGCUUUUUCUUCGUGUAAGUCGUCUGUAGAGUGUAGCAUGCAGCUGUUCUGUUUGAUCGUUAUCCCUGUUGCUGUGUGCAUUGUGGGCAGUAGCUGGAUAUUGCCGUGUCAUGGAUGCACAUCAUGCUUAGAAAUUCCGCCAAUGUGCCGGGACUUGCGGAUCUCAGCAUCAGCCAGAUGUGUGGAUAUACCAUGCAACUAUUCCUUAACGCACGUUGAGGAGAUCGAUCUAACGUUGUGGAAUGGCUGUGACAACGGUACUUCCAGAAACUACAUCCAUGUUGAUCUACUGUACAGCAGCAAUGGAGACACGCGACAGCUGAUUGCCGUGAACCCCGUUACGGGACAGAUUUCUAGAAGUUUCGAUGCAGCAAUGGAGCCGGUGACCCAAGUUUAUCAGUUUACAUACUUUAAUCUUGGCCUUAGCCUCUCCUUGUCCAGUUCCGUCAAUGUUACGUUCAAUUUUGCCAGUUGCGCCAUAAGACUGACCGGACCACCCAAUGGCACAACAUUCUGCCCUGCAUUACCUCCGGACCCGACGACUAUGACGUAUUUCGACUACCCUCAGUUAACCCUAACGGCAAGUAAUGUACCGGACGGGAUCGAUUUGGUAUGGGAUUUACCGGUAGACUAUAGCGGUCUCGGCGCUUCGUUAGCUGAUCUAACCAGCCAAGCCGGAUCCCCCGCGAUCUAUUCGCCGGCCGUCCUCGAUUAUGGCGCCAAUCCGGGUGCAAUUUUAAUCAGUAAUUACAACUCUUUGUUCAACUUUCCACCAUCAAGUAAAACCGGGAUCUAUGGGGCUUCAAAUUAUCCCGGCGUCAUAAACUAUUCGGGCUGUCAGACGCUACUUUUCUCCGUUGCGCCAUCUCAGACGGUAAAUACACCCUACCUGGCCGGGUCUACAGUGAUUGAGGUCUGUUUCGAUCCAGCUGGAACAACUUGCAUGUUCUUUUAAAAACGGCACCCCUAGAAUGCUUGAAAAGCACUAGGGAAUGUUUCAUUAAAAUGAGGGGCUCUUGAAAUAUACGUUGUUGCGUGCUAUCUGUCAACAAAAACUAUAAUAUUGCAUCCGUUACCAUUAAACUGUCGGUCAACUAGUUUAAGGUUUUGUCUAACAGUUCUCUGGGGCAAAUUAAUGGAUGUUUGGCAUACAAGGUAUGUGACAGGAAGAUGUGCUAAUAUGUCGCUUAUUC